AUGAGGGUGCUCUGUGCCUUCCCUGAAGCCAUGUUCUCCAGCAACUCCCGCCCCUCACCGUGCCUAGCCCGGGUGGCUCUCUUCUUGGCUCUGUUGCUCCAACUCUCCCUUUCCUCCCAAGCUGGAGACAGGAGACCUUUGCCUGUAGACAGAACUGCAGGUUUGAAGGAAAAGACCCUGAUUCUACUUGAUGUGAGCACCAAGAACCCAGUCAGGACAGUCAGUGAGAACUUCCUCUCUCUGCAGCUGGAUCCCUCCAUCAUUCAUGAUGGCUGGCUCGAUUUCUUAAGCUCCAAGCGUCUGGUGACCUUGGCCCGGGGACUUUCGCCUGCCUUUCUUCGCUUCGGGGGCAAAAGGACCGACUUUCUUCAGUUCCAGAACCUGAGGAACCCGGCGAAAAGCCGCGGGGGUCCGGGCCCGGAUUACUAUCUCAAAAACUAUGAGGAUGACAUUGUUCGAAGUGAUGUUGCCUUGGAUAAGCAGAAAGGCUGCAAGAUUGCUCAACACCCUGAUAUAAUGUUGGAGCUUCAAAGAGAGAAGGCAACUCAGAUGCAUCUGGUUCUUCUAAAGGAGCAAUUCUCUAACACUUACAGUAAUCUCAUAUUAACAGCCAGGUCUCUAGAUAAACUCUAUAACUUUGCUGAUUGCUCUGGACUCCACCUGAUCUUUGCUCUAAACGCAUUGCGUCGUAAUCCCAAUAACUCCUGGAACAGUUCUAGUGCUCUGAGUCUGUUGAAGUACAGCGCCAGCAAAAAGUACAACAUUUCUUGGGAACUGGGUAAUGAGCCAAAUAACUAUCGGACCAUGCAUGGCCGGGCAGUAAAUGGCAGCCAGUUGGGAAAGGAUUACAUCCAGCUGAGAAGCUUGUUGCAACCCAUCCGGAUUUAUUCCAGAGCCAGCUUAUAUGGCCCUAAUAUUGGGCGGCCCAGGAAGAACGUCAUCGCUCUGCUAGAUGGAUUCAUGAAGGUGGCGGGAAGCACAGUGGAUGCAGUUACCUGGCAACAUUGCUACAUUGAUGGCCGGGUGGUCAAAGUGAUGGACUUCCUGAAAACUCGUCUGUUAGACACACUCUCUGAUCAGAUUAGAAAAAUUCAGAAAGUGGUUAACACAUACACCCCAGGAAAGAAGAUUUGGCUUGAAGGGGUAGUGACCACCUCAGCUGGCGGCACAAAUAAUCUAUCGGAUUCCUAUGCUGCAGGAUUCUUAUGGCAAUCGAGACUGGGCAUGGACUACUGGCUUUCGCUACUUUACAAGCGCCUGAUUGGCCCCAAAGUCUUGGCAGUGCAUGUAGCUGGGCUCCAGCGGAAGCCACGGCCCGGCCGAGUGAUCCGGGACAAACUAAGAAUUUAUGCUCACUGCACAAACCACCACAACCACAAUUACGUUCGAGGCUCCAUUACACUUUUCAUCAUCAACUUGCAUCGAUCAAGAAAGAAAAUCAAACUGGCGGGGACUCUCAGGGACAAGCUUGUGCACCAGUAUCUGCUGCAGCCUUACGGGCAGGAGGGCCUGAAGUCCAAGUCUGUGCAGCUGAAUGGGCAGCCCUUAGUGAUGGUGGACGAUGGCACUCUCCCAGAGCUGAAGCCCCGCCCCCUGCGGGCCGGCAGGACAUUGGUCAUCCCUCCAGUCACCAUGGGCUUUUAUGUGGUCAAGAACGUCAAUGCUUUGGCCUGCCGCUAUCGAUAAACUGCCCCGCCCUCACAAGCUACCAGUGGGCCUGCUGGACAGCUUUCCACUCUUCCACCCUAAUAGUACCCUUAUGUUUCAGACAUCUUAGCAACCAACCUCUGUUACCUCCCAUCCUGCUGGAAUCAACAUAGACUCACUGUCCAGAGAGACUAUCGUAGUAUGAGCUUAGCCUAAGAAGGUCACAUCCAGCCCUAAGG